GAACGCCUUUGUCGCUUGGAACCGGGACCGGACGUUGGGUUGUUGAUUGCGCAGAACCUGAUCUCGAUCGGGGGUGCUUGUUUUUUCUAUGGGUUCCAUAUAUAAACUCUGGUCGGUGGAACUGGGGCUGUCAAUGAGUGAUUGUCGGUGAGAAAGUGAAAAUAUCGUGUCGCCAUGAAGAUCAUCUCGGCGAUCCUUGUGUUGGUCAUAGGAUCCUCGCAAGCCUUAUAUCAUCCUUUGUAUCAUGGCGGCUAUAAUCCGUUCGCGGCCUUAGCAGCUCUUGGACUGUACAAUCCUUACAUGUUCCCGACGCCACAUGUUCCAUAUUCUGGAACUUAUUCGUAUCAUGACGGACAUAAGCCCACGGUAGUGCAGGCCAACAACGAUGGAUUCAAGUUUCCAAAGGCAGCCAAAAUCGUUCAUCCUGUAUCAUAUGCAAUCCAUGACAUACCCAAACCAACUGUUGUUCAAGCCAACGUCGUUCCAAGCGUUGUCCAUACUGUGACCUCCGGAGCUUAUCACGAUGGAAGCAAACCAAUUGUGGUUCAAGAAAACCAUGGGGUAUACUCUCAUCCAUACGCCCCGAAGAUCCCGUACCACGGAACUUACUCAUAUCACGAUGGAGAUAAACCAACAGUUGUGCAAGCUAACAACGCUGCUUAUGCCUACCCAUAUGCUGCCAAGAGUUUGUACUCCGGAACUUACGCUUUUCACGACGGCUACAAGCCCACAGUGGUGCAAGUGAAUAACGAUGGAUACAAGCACCGCCCAGUUGUCCCUGUAGUCCACUCGCCCAACCCAUGGGCAGUCCCCGGAGUUGCAGCUUAUCAUUACGGUUAUCCCGGGCAUCCAUACCACUACAGCAUUCCUCAGAAGACCGUGGUGCAGGCCAAUCUUGGAGGACCGGAUCCUUGGAGUUAUGGAGCGUUCUACGGGACGGGAAUCUACGGACAUAAGUUUCACAAUUACGGUCCUGCAGCUGUACCGGUGCUGAGAAUAGAAUAAAUGGUUUCGAAAGAAUGAGAAACCAUCCAACUAUAUGCCAACCAGUUCAUUGUGUAGGGUAAAUUACUUGUGCCAAAUAAUCAACCAAAUCAUGGAACAUCAUUAGGACCUGUCCAUAAACAACGUAGACUCUAAAGGGGGAGGGAGGGGUCUGGCGAAAGUCUACGGUCCAUACAAAUUAAAAAAAAAUGUUUGGACCAAUGUUUACGGUGGGGGAGGGAGGGAUCUAAGAUGACCAAAAAUGAGUCUACGUAGUUUAUGGACAGCGCCUUAGUACGUAAGCAACUGCAUCCGAAUCUCCAAAGCACAAGAACUGUAAAAAAUUAAUGUAAUAUUACCAUUACAUAUAUAGUGUUAACGAUGCUAAAACUGUAUUAAUGUGAUAGUCAUCUGGCCACAAUCAUCAGUUCCAAUUUAGAGGGACGUUAUGGUGGUCUUUGCGUUUUCAUCAAUAUCUAAUGUUCCCAGGUUGCAGGAUUAAAGUUUUACUUCUUAA